CGGCUUUGUCCGGCAUCGCGGCAUACAGGACGCCCCGAUCAGUAAGGUGCUCCGGGCUGGACAUGGGACCUUUUCAGGGUUGAUCGACUACUAAAGAGGUGGAAAUUUACGCUGCCGAAAAGCCAUGAUGACUUGGACCGUUGUGAUGCUGUUUUCCUCGCUAACGCUGGUUUCCAGCUCCAACAAUGUCGCGGGGCCGUACUAUUUGGACAUCCUGGAGUUCGGAAACUGUCCUCCAGAUGAGGUGGGAGAAGUUGGUGACGAUCUGAUUGUCGACGGUGCCGCUCGCCACCACCGUGGCCUCAAGCACAUGCUGUUCUCAGGAAACCUCACGGUCAAAAACGGACUCGUUACCCCAGGAAUAAGUGAACUGACAAGCUACAUUGGAAGAUGGGAUCCCGUAUCUGGCUGGAAGGACAACUUUCUUGUGCUGAGGAUUGGAGAGACCUGUCAAGCUAUUAGAAAAUACGCCCCGCCGUUCAAAGACUUAAUCCAUAAGGCUUUCCCUGGCAUACCGAUAAGAUGCCCCGUUGGCGAUCGAUACAGUGGGCAGUGGGCAAUGGGGGCAUCACAGUCAUGUUCACCAAGCACUUCAAGCAGAUUGCCAUCAGCCAUUCGGAUGAAAUUUCUUGCUAAGUUUGGACGCUUGGAGAUCAACGUAAUUGCCAGUUUUCUUAGUUCAUCAUCUUCAACCAUGUACUUACUGUUGAGCCCUGGACCUGAGUCCGUGGACGAGUCGAAGAUUGAGUCAUUCACUUUUCAAGUUGUUUGA